UCCACCGCUCUCUUUUUGGGAAAGAACGGAAGCCGGGGCUCCCCUGCAUCCCUGCUCUCUCUGUCUCUCUUUAGUUCUUUGUUUCUUUUUUCUCUCCUCUUCUUUUUAUCUUGCAUCUUCCUUUCCUGUUAAUCGAAUCUUCUACGGGAACGAGCUCUGGCAAGGAAAAGAAUGGAGCCACGGUUUCGAUGCAUCUAAAUAUUCUCGCAUAGGGUCGAGGAUUUGAUUGAUCAUGGAGACAAAAGUUGCUUUUACUUUCGAUGAAUAGGCUGCUAUUUGGUGCAUAUAUUGUUCAAUUUUAAUUUUUGAGAGAGCUCUGAGAUGAUACGGUCAUGUAUAUGAUCUUGUGAUCAUCCAGGUCUAGUGAUUUUGAUUCAGGUACACCAUACCGUGCUGAACCGGAGGGCAGGGGACAUACCGUACUGUACCAGUAUGAAGGAACCGGCCCCUGCAUUGGGUGUACUGAUAUAGUAACAGAGUGGCAUCAUACGGUGAUACGGCGGCUCGCGAAGAUUUGAGAAAAAGUAGUUGAUGGCAUGCCUGGAGCUGGAUUCUCCACAACUUUUUUCAAAUUUCCUAUCGUAUGAUGGUCCCUUCAACCUGCAUCUAGACGGAAGCAUUUCUGCUGAACUUUUAUCUGUGUCGGAUGCUUGCACAUCUUCUCAAUCCCAUUGUAGUAACAUUCCCAAACCACCUCCACUCCCAGGAGCAUCUUAUAGCAGAAACAAAUUAUACAAAAAGCUACAGGGUUACAGUAUUAUUCCUGAUGAAACGAAGCAUGCAUGGGACAGACUUUUUUAUGAAGGAUAUGAAGCUGAUGUCCAUGUUCUUACAGAUGAUAAGGGCAUAAUUCUGGCACAUUCAAGUGUUCUUGGUAUUACAUCUCCAGUGCUGAGAAGCAUGUUAGAACUAGCAAGAGUAAAAGGGGGUUUUCGAUGUAUUAAAAUUCCUGGUGUGCCUUCAGAAGCUGCCCGUGCAUUUAUCCGAUUUCUUUACUCGUCAUGCUAUGAAUUGGAUGCAAUGAAGAAAUUCGUUCUUCACUUGCUUGUCAUGUCACACACAUUUUCAGUCCCUUCACUGAAAAGGGCUUGUAUCAAAGAACUGGAAACGACAUUGCUGACCAAGGAGAAUGUGGUUGAUGUGCUUCAGUUAGCCAGAGAAUGUGAUGCACCACGCCUUUCCUUUUUAUGUACUUCUUUGAUCAUUAAAGAGUUCAAGGCCGUCUCAGUGUCAGAAGGGUGGAAAGUAAUGAAGCAAGCAAACCCCCAUCUCGAGCAGGAGCUUCUCGAGACUCUAGUGGAGGCAGAUUCUGUAAGUUCAGUUCUUCUCGUGUUACAACUUGCAAGGUUCUAUUACAGAAAAAGCAGGAGAGGGCAAAAAAGAUGGAAGAAAGAAAGGUGUACAUGCAGCUGUUUGAAGCAAUGGAGGCUCUUUUGCACAUAUGCAGAGAUGGGUGUCGGACCAUUGGUCCCCGUGACAAGAUGCUCAAAGACAACCAAGCCGCAUGCAACUUCUCAGCUUGCAAGGGGCUGGAGUUGCUGGUCCGCCAUUUCUCAGGCUGCAAGACUCGUGUUCCAGGUGGUUGUGCACAUUGCAAACGGAUGUGGCAGCUUCUUGAGCUCCAUUCCUGCAUGUGUUAUGAAACAGACUCUUGCAAGGUCCCCUUGUGCAGUCAUUUCAAGGAUAAGAUGCGGCACCUAAGCAAGAAGGAAGAACUGAAAUGGAAGCUGUUGGUGAGCAAAGUGAUGGCAGCGGAAGGCACCAUCAGCUCCAUCUCCGCCCGGAGACCCUUGGUAACAUAAAACUUUACUGCAAGCAACAGGGGGAGGAUCAGAAGUAUGUCUACAAGAAUAAGUGCUACAAGUACCGUCCACUUAUCUGUAUUAAAAUAAGCAUUGCAUGCACUCAUAUUAGGUUGCCAAAGCUUGUUGCACUAUUGACAUGGUGCCGCCAUAUGUAAAGAAAUUAUAUCAGAAGUAGCUAUACAGUAACUUAAAAUUUCAGUGCUAGCUUAUUAUAUGUCAUUUUAUCCAUCUUUUCCCUGGGGUGAUCAUGCCUGGAUUUUGUGGUCUGGUGAUUGUAAAAAUAGUGCAGUGGUGGAAUUGAACAAAAUUUUGUAUCACUGUGCAUUCUGUGCCUUUUCCUAUAAUUAAUAUAAACUCA